AUGCCUCUUGGAGCUUCAACCCAAUCACAUCAUUUCUUGGUUGCCUUGAAGACCCUGCAAUCAGCUAUUUAUGGCCUCAUUGGUUUGAAUCUGAUCAAAGCACUCAGCCAGUGGGUCACAAGGAGAAGCAUCAACAACUUUGUUGACGAUCCAACUUGGGACUGGCCCAACGAGACCGCGGUAGUUACCGGAGGGUCAAGUGGCAUUGGAGCGGAAAUUGUGCGUGAACUUGCAAAAAGGAAGAUCAAAACAAUUAUAUUGGAUAUCAACAAGCCAAUUUCAAAACUGGAAGGUGUGACCUUUUACCAAGUCAAUCUCACCUCCUCCUCGGCAAUAUCGGAAUUUGCAUCCACAGUCAAGCGAAAGCACGGCGACCCUUCCAUAUUAAUCAAUAAUGCUGGAACCGGGACAGCUCAAACGAUACUAAGUGAGAGCGAAUCUGAACGCCGGCGAGUGUUCGAAGUCAACACAUUGUGCCAUUUUACACUGGUGCAGCAAUUUCUACCGGCUAUGAUAGAGAAGAAUCACGGUCACAUAAUGACAAUAGCAAGUACGGGAAGUUUCUACUCCCAAGCCCAAAAUGUGUCCUAUGCCUGUUCGAAGGCGGCAGCCAUGGCUUUUAAUGAAGGACUUGGCCAAGAGCUUCGGGCUCGUUUCAAUGCACGGAGGGUUCGAACUUCACUUUGUGCGUACCCCGCUGGUUCAGGCCUUGACAAGUAA